CCGACAAAAAGUGGCCACUAUGGACAGGUGCCCCCUCUGUAGAGGUGGCCCCUAAUACAGGUUUGACUGUAUGUUGGGAUCACGUGGCAUGUCGACGCUUUAGACGUCUUGUACGUACAUGUGCGUAUUGUUCCGUAACACGUCACGGGAAAGAUAGCUCACAACUGUAGUCCCUAACGCUACUAGCAUCGGUUUACAUAGGAGUAAAGAACACUUGCAUCGAAUGUGUUGUCCUGAAGCUGGAUUGCCAACCACUGUACCACUUUAGGUUCCCGUACAUUCCACGGCCUCGUCACCUGCAUCUGACCGAGUAAAGUGGCUUGGGGACAGAUAUACCGAUGGGGUUUACAAUAUGCUGCGGUGCCGACCUACUGCAUCUAACCCACCGGCAUAGCUGACAUCCCUGAAAUUCGAGCCUUAAAUAAAAACAGACCUCAUAGUCUUCGCGGUUAUAGCAUACACGCCGGAGAAAGACCACUGGCCAAACGAGACGUGCAGAAAGUUUUCUCAAAGAACUUAUUUCAGAAACGAAGAGGAGCGGUCUUCUUGUUAGAUCCUAUACGGAUCCGUCGUCGCAUUUCUUCUGCUGGGUUCUGAAGCCUUACAGGUGCUCCAGCGCACACUGGAAGGUGUUCUGCAUACCGUCAGUACACCCGCCAUCUUGUUGACGUGUAUACUGACACAUCGACUCGUCUGAAGGAACGUUUUUCAAGUAUAAGCAUGACGGCGAAAGAUGACAAGAAGUCUGGCACAAAAGACCCUUGGACCUCCAACCUCGGAAAGAUUGGGUUACAAAGGUACACAGUGGAAGAAAUAGCUGUCCGAGAUGUUCAUCUGAAGAUUCAAGCGGUGCACGAUCUGAACAUCGAAGAAGCCCACCAUAUACUGACAGGACAAAGGAUUUGGUCCGCCGCCAAGGUGUUGACACUGUAUCUCGCAGAACAUCCCGAUGUGGUUGACUUUGCCGGGUCGGUGUUGGAGCUGGGGGCGGGCCCGGGGCUGCCCGGUCUUGCCGCCGCCCAGAUCUGCAGGAAGGCCGAGAAAGUCGUCAUGUCGGACAACAAGGACCUCGUGCUGAAGCUGCUGAGGAAGAACAUCGAUAAAAACUUCCCCAAAGAGAGAGCUCGGUUCCAAUGUGCUCACCUCCAGUGGGGUGAUGACGUCACUUCCUUCAGAGCGAAGCACGGCAGGUUUGACGUCAUCCUUGGCGCUGACCUGGCGUACUUCCGUCCCGACAUCCCUCUACUUAUAGAGACGGCCAAAGAACUGCUCACCGAAAAGCCCUCUGCAGUUUUUGUCCUGGCGUACAAGGACCGGACGCGGAAGAAGACACACAACUUCGAGUGGGAGAUCUACCAAGCCGCCAAGCGGUGCGGUCUGCAGUGGAACGAAGUAGACUGGAGAGCCCUGCCCAAAUGGGACGAGAUGGUCGAUCCUUGUGACGUCAAAAAUCUACAUCUACUGCUGAUCAAACAUCGAGCAACGUAAAGGAAACUACAGAUAGUGAAGAAUGUGAAUACUGUAGUUUUUGUGAUGCUCUCACAGAUGUGCCCUAUGUGGCACAGACUGUCAUUCUUGUAUAGGGCUGUUUAGCCACAGUCGACGCUGUAGGGCUGAUAUCAAUUGGGAUUUUACCAUGGUCCAUAUUGACCGAGAUAGGCCAUAUAUUGCUCUCAACGGUCGUAGAAGUAGUAGAAAUCGGACAUCUUGGGUAUAUGAUAUAUUCGGAAAACACCCUCACUUUGUAUGUUGCAUACGUGUAUGGGGUUUAUUCACAUAAGGUUUUCACAGAAUAGGAAGGCGUGUCACGAGUGGUAGAAGAGCUAAUUUGAAUAAUGUUAUCGGUACGAUUCACACUUCUUUACAUAUACCUCACGUUUUGGUCCAUCUCGAUCUCUUUUAUUUACUAGCCGUGACGACUGGAUACUCAAUAACAUUUGCGCAUCGAAAAUACUACUACUGUGAGUGGCAAUUCCUUUGUAAAUGCAGUCAAUGAAAUGUUGUUGUGAUAAUACAGCAUGCAAAGAUUUCUAACAACUUUGUUAACUUCCCGUCUUGUAAUGUAUUUGAUAUACCAGCCAUAACCUACACAUUCUAUGAAUGUACUGUGUAUCUAUUUAUUUAUUUAUUUAUCUGUGAACGUUCACUGACUUAACUGGACAAUGUUUUUCAUAGAUAAUUGGAGAUGAUAAUAUCUUAUUUAAUAGAUAUAACGAAUUUUAUUAAAACGCGGGAACUAUUUGUGACAAA